AAUAUUUAAUGGACAAUGGAGGACAAGCUAGCUUUGGAAGAUGCCUCGAAUACCUUGAGAGAGAGGAUGUUUUUCGCAGCAAGAGAUGGAAUGUCCCUUACUCUUUACGCUUUGUUAUAUGAGAAAAACACAGAUGAGAUUGACGAGCUUUUAAACACUGAUGUUUACAGCGACGGAGUAAAGUGUACACCUCUAAUCGCAGCGGCGAGACAUGGUCGAGAAGGCGCUGUUAGAAUACUGCUAGAGAAAUUUCGGCCCCCAGUCCGGUUGGAAACAGAAGGCACUGUCAAAUUUGACGAAUACGUUAUUGAAGGGGCAACAGCACUAUGGUGUGCAGCCGGCGCCGGUCAUCUGGGCAUAGUAAAGCGCUUGGUUCGCGCAGGUGCGAAUGUGAACCAUGCUACAAAGACUUUAAGCACUCCACUCCGAGCCGCAUGUUUCGACGGACGAUUGGAUAUAGUUAAAUAUUUAGUGAGACACGGCGCUGAUAUACAUAAGGCUAAUAAAUACAAUAACACAUGUUUGAUGAUCGCUUCUUAUAAGGGACAUUUGGACGUGGUUCAAUUUCUACUAGACAGUGGCGCAAAGGUAGACGAAAGAGCACUAUGUGGGGCGACAGCGUUACAUUUCGCAGCAGAGUGUGGACAUGCGGCCGUCGUCUGCGCACUCAUUGACUACAAUGCGAAGAUUUUGACCAAUGAAAAUGGCAUGACACCUCUGCAAUGCGCCGCUGAGCGUGCGCGUGCGUCGGUGGUGGAGAUUCUCGCGGCGAGGCCGGAAGUGACGCGAGCGCAAGCCAUCGAAGCGUUCGAACUGCUCGGUGCUUCCUUUGCUAAUGAUAAGGAGUACUAUUGCUUAAGGAUGGCCUACCAGUACCUGCACAGAGCGAUGGCAAUGCGAUAUGACACGCGAUAUGGACUGUUGCUAAAAAAGCCAGCAGACCCUAUACCUGCGUAUGACAAUUGGCGAGAGAGCACCACUAUAGAGGACGUAGAACGUCUACAUGGUAACGCGCAUGCUCUUCACAUGGAAGGUCUUACAGUACGCGAGCGUAUUCUUGGUCAAUCGUGUCCGGAUUUGCCACAUCCAGUCGUGUUCAGAGGUGCUGUUUUCGCUGACGAAGCUCGCUUCGAUCGCUGCCUUGCGCUUUGGAGACACGCUUUGACUCUUAGACAGCAAAAUAAGGUUUCAGUAGUGAAGGACCUGCUCAGAUUUGCUCAAGUUUUCUCACAAAUGAUCCAUAUUGGAAUAGAACUGCCUAUUGUUCAGGUGUGCUACGUGCUUGAAGCAUGCGUGGAGGAGCUACAACGCGGACGUAAACGACUGGAGAAACCAGAGCUGAGCCACGACGGCGAUGCUUUUGUAACAAUGUGUCGUGUUCGACUGUCACAGGAGGAGUACGAGAGCAACGUGCGCACUGCCCUUUACCUCGUCGCCGUGGCGGCUAGGCUGGUAGACAGUAAUGCUAACGAUCAGGACAUCUCCAAUGCGGUACGGAGAGCAAUAUUCCACCUCCGCAACUCAAAGUUACGAAACGGACAGACGUUACUCCACUUAGCGGCUGACCGACGGACGCCAGUCGACGACUUCCACACCAGCGACGUAUGCCAAUUUCCUUGUCCAAGAACAACCCGACUGCUGUUAGAAUGCGGAGCACAGGUGGACAUUCCUGACGAAACCCGGCGGACUGCGCUGCAUGUGGCUCUCAUUAGCUAUCAGCUCAUACCAGAUGAGCGCGAUCAAUGGAGCGAGCCACUGUGUGCAGUGGUGUGCGAGCUUCUCGUCCACGGCGCACACGUCGACGCGAUGGACGGUGACGGUAUCACGCCGCUGCUUGCGUCGAUCGGAAGUCCAGCUGAAUCAAUAGUCCGAUCCGCGCGUAAACCUCGAUUGGCGUGUUUGGCAGCGGCCGCUUUAGCCGCCAACGGGGUACGAUACCCUCCGCACGCAGUACCAAGAGACCUACACGGCUUCCUUGCCAUGCACGGCGUAUACCCUGCCAAGUAACUCAGUAGAUCAAUAUGUCAUAAAAGUAGUCAAUGUACCAUAGUACAAUUAAACAGGAAGACAAACUGUUAAAAUUAUUGAUUGAAAACUGUAUUUCAAAUUUUCAACGAAUAAAAGUGACAUUUUGUAUACUGUGGACGACCUUUUGUCGUAUAUCGUUUUAUAAACAAAUAUUACGAUUUCUAAUUAAUUGACAUUACGUUAACGUUCGACUUACAUACAGGGUGUAUUUUUUUAUUUCACGGUAUUUUUAGGGGGGAUUUUACCCCUCAUAAAUCGUGAAAAAAUAUCUAAUUUGAUAUUUCUUUAGCGAUUUGGAGGAAAUCUCUGUAAUAAAAGUUAGUAUUGUUGGUAGUAUUGGUGGGUGGAAUCAGCCCCUAUAAAACAUUGUAAAAUAAAAAAAACCCUUUUAACACUUAUAGUAACACAUCCUUACAUAUAACAGCUACCACAUCGUAUGUGCCCAUGUAAUCAUAGAAAUUAGAUACUAUGUAAUGUCGUACAUAGAAUUCAAUAAAUGACUUUGGUAUCAUGUAAUUAUUAAAUAUAACUGUAGUGGUAUCGAACUUUAACAGGAUGAUUAACAUUAAUGACUGUUUAAAUUUAAUUUAAAGUUCCUUUUCAUUAAUUUCCAUUUUAUUUAUGAAAGGUAACUAACAACGUCUUAAGUUAUUGUGCGAAAAAUUUCAUGAAAAAAAUUUCAUGUAUAUUUUUCAUGUGAUUGCAGAGAUUCUGUAAAAUUAAGACGGAGCAGAUCUUUUAACUGAUAUUCUAGAAUAUUUCUUGCCGUCAUAAGAAUAUUAUUUGGACAAGGGGUAGUAACACUGCAUCGUAGGAUAGCUCUGACACUUGCACUGGGGCGGGUGUGUAAAAAUUUUGGAAAAAUAUCUUAGGGAAUAAUUACUUUUAUGUUUAAUACAUAUUAAGUUUGACGUUAAAAUGCAUGAAACAUGUCACCUUUUGGCGAAUGCAUAUUAGUCUGUCACCACGGAUCGGAUUUUUUACGUAUAUACACGUAAGCUGUUCCACUGACAUUUUAUUUCAAAUCUAAAUACUAAUUGACGUGGCAAACAGUGUGCGUUCACCAUUAGCCGCCAUAUUGCUGCGGCCAUUUUGUGUUCAUUGUUCUUCUUUUCUAGUAGCAUUUAAUCUAGAAAUGUGACUUCAUGGUUUACAAUAAAGUAUAUUGAACACAGGGAUUAAUGUGUUCAAGAGGUCUAAAGUUAAAUUGUAUUUUUAAUUGAUGGCUCAAAUUGUAAUAGAAUUAUGAAGAGAAUCAAUUCGUAAUGAGGGUUGGUUAUAAUAGAACAACAUAAGCAUAACUAUCCCAUGGCAUAAUGGGUCAAGCAAGCAUUACGUGUUUCAAGUUUCGUUGGUUAUUGUCUUAUAAAUACAACAAACCAAUGCAAUAUGCACCUAGCCCUCAUUGAGAUAGUAGGCGACGAACACGAUUGUGAUACAGUAGGUUUAACUUAGGUAUUAAGGUUAGGACAAAAGGCUAGAUAGGUCUCUCUCUGGCUUUGUGAAUAUAAUUUAAUUUGAUUAGAUUAUGUAUUGGAUUAUUUUGUAAUUCCAGGAAAAAUUGACCAUCACAUCUGUUGUUAAGUAAUACUCAAUUUUCGAAACGAAUCGAGAUGUGGUCCAAUACGUAAUAUUAUUUAGCAUACUUUCUACGUACAUGCACAUAAAUUAAACGAAAAAUGCAGUUUCUAGAAGACCUUGGUAUAGUUUUUGUAAAAUGGGACUAGCACAUUGAGGUUCACAAAAGGACGCUUCGUAAAACGGUUCCAUAGACAAAAACUAAAUGUUUAGGUCUAAAAUGGUUUUAGAUGAUUCUUAUAAAGUUUCUAGUCAUAACUACUAGUGACUUAUGAUAAAAAUGUUAAUAGCUUAACUGUUAUUUUUUAUUUGAUGUGUGAAAAGAAUUUUAUGUGGGUUAGUUUUUAUGCAAGUUUCAACUUGGUCGGCCGGCGCCAUGCGAAUUCAAUCAGUUAAUGUUAAAGAGAUUUACAUACGUUUACAUAUUACAUUAUUAGAUGGGUGCAUAAUUGAUGAUAGUACGCGGAUGUAUAUGCAGCAAAUGCAUUUUUUUAAAUUCAUUCUUCUACUUCGUUUUUUUUAGCAUUAUACAGAAGGAUGUAGCAUUAUUAGGCGUCUUUCCAUUUAGUCAUUUUGUAAGCAAAGAAAUUUAAUAAAUACUGUGAAUCAUUUUCAAGCAUAUUGUCUACCUUUAUGUAAUUGUUACAUUUUCUGUACGCGUUGUAUUAACUGUUAUAAAAUAAAUGAAGAAAUUCUACCUUCAUACUUAAUAUAUUUCGAGACUUAUUAUAAAAGCUUUACUAUAAGAUACUGAAUCUUUUUCGAAACUACUGUAAGACUUGUACUAUAUAAAACUUUAAAAAAA